AUGCUCCGCCAAUCCAUCACCCGACCGGCUGUUCUCGCCAACCGUGCCCUCUGCCAGCGCUCGUUCUCUGCUAUCGCCCCUCGAAUGGGUGAGGGUGACACCGGUGCUCCUCGAACCGGAGGCGGCGGCACCUCAGGCGAUGCGUUCACCAAGCGUGAGGCUGCCCAGGAAGCCUUGUACAUCCGUGAGAAGGAACUUGAGAAGCUCCACGCCCUGAAGAAUAAGAUCACCGAUCAGCGCGCUCAUCUGGACGAACUUGAGAAUCACAUCAACCAGUUGACCAAGGACCAGGGCAAGAAAUAA